UCCGCCAUCAAGUUGUUGCCUAUGCGGUGAAGCUAUGGCGGCUCGAGUGAGUUGGGGAGGACGUGUUACAGGCUCGGGCUCGGCGGAGAGCAAACAUACAUGCGAAGAAUAGUUCCUGUUCCGUCUCACAUCUGUAGCGGCCGCAGGUGUUGGGCAAGCGCGCCCGCCUCAGCGACGGCUUGUUUGCCGAAGGCGCGGUUUUCCCCUCCUCUGUGGAUUGGUACUGGCUCGGCUCCCGGUGUGCGAUCGAAAGGAUUUGUUUUGAUUUCGGGUCACAAGUUCACGACUUUGGACUCGGCGAUCGGGAUUGAUUCGAGCCUGAGGCCUAGCCGUUGAGCCCGCUUCCUUCGCAUUUUGCCGGGGAAGGUCUCACAAAGAGAGGUGCUUCCAGCCGUCUCUCCGCAGUGACCGUCGAGGGCUGCCUCCGUUUGCCCGCUGGAGGGCUGACGAUGUGCGAGUUGCUGCUGUGAGACCAGCCUUUCCAACGUGUUCUCGGGAGAGUGACUCAAAUGCAGCGGUAACCUUGUCCCGCUAACUGGAGCAAAAACACUAUUUCUGACUGCACACCGACCGUUUUCUCCGCAGUUUGCUGUGCUUAUCAUUCUCAUCUUUGGUUAAUAAGUUUUUUUAUUUAUUUAUUUUACCGUUUUAAAAGCUAAAUGACGGUAAAUAAACUCCGACCCGAUGGAAUAAUCGUACGGAUCUGCAAGCAAGGACAGGAGAUGCGUCGAAUUGCUGCUGAUUUAUUGAAAUGGAUGUAUUAAUUGAUGAAAGAUGAAUCUCUCGUUUUGUACAGAAAUCAUUCGUGGAUGUUGUGUGUAAAUAUUUGCACCUAUAUAUAAAUCCGGGUUGUUUAUCAUUUCUAAUCCUAAACGAUAUUGUCACUCUGGAUCAGGAAGUGGCUCAAGGCGAGUUUCCUCUCUUCACAUUAACUGAGGCUCGUCACCAGUCCCAUAUGCCUUCAGCACUAGCCAUCUUCACCUGUCGGCCCAACUCUCACCCCUUUCAGGAACGCCAUGUCUACCUGGACGAACCUGUCAAAAUCGGUCGGUCGGUGGCACGCUGCAGACCAGCCCAGAAUAACGCCACUUUCGACUGCAAAGUGCUUUCCCGAAACCAUGCUCUUAUCUGGUUCGACCGCAAAACGGGCAAGUUCUAUUUACAGGACACUAAAAGUAGUAAUGGUACGUUUAUUAAUAGUCAAAGAUUAAGUCGAGGAUCAGAGGAAAGCCCACCAUGUGAACUCCUGUCGGGGGACAUCAUUCAGUUUGGUGUAGAUGUGACUGAAAAUACUAGGAAAGUUACACAUGGGUGCAUAGUAUCUACUGUCAAGUUGUUUAUGCCAGAUGGUAUGGAAGGCCGGCGACGAUCUGAUGUUAUCCAAGCUCCUCUCCCACUUCCUAUUGAAAAGGUAGCUGCUAAUUCUCCCAGUAUGUAUUCUCAGGAACUAUUCCAGCUCUCACAGUAUUUACAGGAGGCCUUGCACCGAGAACAGAUGUUGGAACAGAAAUUAGCCACCCUUCAACGGCUUCUUGCUAAUACUCAAGAGGCAUCAGACAGUAGCUGGCAGGCUUUAAUAGAUGAAGACAGGUUACUAUCAAGGCUAGAGGUAAUGGGCAACCAGCUGCAAGCUUAUUCAAAAAACCAAACUGAAGAUGGCAUAAGGAAAGAGUUGGUGACGUUACAAGAAGAUAAACAUAGCUACGAGACAACAGCCAAAGAGUCCUUGAGGCGGGUCCUUCAGGAGAAAAUAGAAGUAGUCAGAAAGCUGUCAGAGGUGGAGCGAAGUCUGAGUAACACGGAGGAUGAAUGCACCCAUUUGAAGGAAAUGAAUGAUAGAACACAGGAAGAACUAAGAGAACUGGCCAAUAAAUACAAUGGAGCUGUAAAUGAAAUAAAAGAAUUUGCAGACAAAUUAAAGCAAGCAGAAGGGAGACACGAGGAGAUUGAACAAAAGGGCUUGUCUGAGAGAAAGGAGCUGCAGCUCAGAAUAGCUGAGAUGGAAGAGAAAGAACAGGCACUCCAGGCUCGGAUUGAAGCUCUGCAGGCUGACAAUGACUUCACCAAUGAAAGACUUACGGCUCUACAAAUACGAUUGGAACAACUUCAGGAGAAAAAUAUGAAGGAACACAACAGUAUAGGAAUCCAAGUUGAUGACUUAUUAUCUAAAAUUAAUGGAAGCACAGAUAAAGAGCACUUUCUACUAAAGAGUGGAGGGGACUGCUCUGAGCUAUUCCAACAGUUCAUUGAGUGCAAGACAGCCACCCUUAUAGCAGGAGACCAUCAUACCAAUGUCAAGGAAGAAGCUAAGAUGUUGAAAGAAAAUCAGCUGGAAGCGAAGGAAUCUGAUAUGUCUGACACACUCAGCCCAAGUAAGGACCGGAGCAGCGACGACACUACAGAUUGCCAAAUGGAUGAACAGGAACUGAAUGAAUCUCUAACUAAGGUUUCAUUAUUGAAAGACCUAUUGGCAGAGGCGAGGGCCUCCAGCAGAAAACAUGAAAGUGAGCUGGAUCAUCUCAAGUAUGAACUGCGACGUGCCCAUGCAGAAACUGGAGAUUCUGAGCAAGAGAUACAGCAACUGCAACAGGAGCUGAAGGGAGCACAGGAUUUUGCCAGAACCAGCAAACAAAAGUGUCUUGAAGUACAAGCACUUCUUGAAGAGGAAAGAAAGGCAAGUAAACAACAGGCAGAACUGUCAGCUAGGCAAAUCCAAGCAUUGCAAGCUCAGCUCGAUGAUUUACAGAAGGAUAUUGAGAUACUUCGAGAGGAGAAAGAGAUGGAAAUUAUCAAGGCUCGUGAUCAAUUGGCAAGUACCCAUGAAGAGAUUAUGGCUUUGCGACAGACAGCAGUGGAAGCAGCAACAGGGCGUGAAACUGACAUUGCCAUUCUCCAAGGGGAGUUACUCAAGGUGCACACUGAGCUUGAGCAGUGGAGGCAAACUGCCUCAGAGUAUGAAUCAGAAAUCUUAAAUCUUCAAACCAAGCUCCAGCUUCAGACCCAACAGCAAAUGGAUAAACAAAAAGGGGAAGCAAUCCAAUUACAAGGUAAACUGGAUGAAUUGCAAAAGCAGAGCAGUACUCUGCAGAAUGAUUGUGAUUCACUUAGACACGAAAAGGUUACUCUUCUGGAAAAAUUGCAACAAUAUGAGGAAGAACUCCAAUGUGCCCAGCAGCAGAGCGUGAAGUUGACCAAUGAUGUAUGUGGAUUAGAAACUUCUCGGAAAGAGCUGGAACUCCAGAUGGGAUCUUUGAAGGAGCAACGUGUACAGGAGACAAACGAACUGAGAUCACAGCUUGCACAGGCUGAAAAAGAGACACAGAAAUUUCAGCAGCAGUAUGAAACAAAUCAGACCCUGUAUAUGGAACUGAAAGAAAAGCUAGAAAGAGCUCAGAAGGAGAAUGAGUCCAUGACAGAAGAACUUGAAAGUUAUAAGGAAAAUCUAAAAUUGUUGCAACAGAAGGGAAACAAUCCUUCCACCAUAUUGCAACCUAUCCCUGCUCUAGGCGUCGCCCUAAUCCUGGCUUUCCUGUACUGGUGGUCCGGUUACCUAUGGUAGAUCAAGGGAAGACUUUUCAAGUGGAUGCCGGUGAUGGCAGUGCUGGUUGCUGUGACAGUCGUAGUGUUAUACCCAGCGUUGAACAGGGCCUCGCCCUGAAUCUGCAAAAUAUGUCUACUACAGAAUGUCUCCCUAAUGACAUUGGCUUUCUUUCACCACAGGGGCAAGCAGAUCUGUUUCCAUCCUUUUUACCUCUAACAAAACACAGCUGUUUCAAAGUACAACAGUAGGGUCUUUGCUUGAACUGUACAAAAUGUAAUUGUAUAUAGAGAGAAUAAAAAUCAUGACUGGAUUCUACUCUAGAUAAUGUUUUAUUUGCAGUUUUCCAUUAUUUUAAAAAGGAUAGAAUUGUGGUGGCCUAAACAAGGCUUCUUGGUACCAAAAUUUAAAGAAAUGUGGCAUUCAAUUUGGUUUAAUUUCUGAGUUCUACUGUUUCCUUUAGCCAUUGUGGUACAAUUCCACCUGCUGAUGCACAUAGGCCCAAAGAGAAAUGACUAUGUGGUGGAGAAGUUUGAAUCAUCUACGAUGCUGUUUAAACUCCUGUUGAGUUUCAAAAAUUAAAUGUAAUGCCUGGAAGACUUGCCUUUCAUGGAAUUUCAAUGUAUCCCAACAUUUCCUAAACCUCCUGUUCACUAAAAAGUGUGAAGAAACAGUAGUAACUUGCAUUAUAUUAUUGAUUACCAUCAUAAUUGAUGUUUAACCCAGUGAAGGUAAGUGGACCACAGACACUUCUACAGCACCAUCCAUGCUCCUCUGUGCAUCAGUUGGUGGGAAGCUCUGUAUCACUGAGUUUUAAAAAAAAAUGUUUGUUUGUUCUCCCUAGGAAUGGGGAUAUCUGUGUUAGAGACUGAAUGAAAUAUUUCUGAUGCACAGGAGUGAGGUUUAUGCUUCAAAUGUUAGCCAUGACUGGGACUCAAAUCUGCAGUCAUAAAGCAGUGUAAUGCUACUGCCUUAAUCACUACAUUCCCAGGACGAACCUUCAGCUGUCUUUCUGACAGCUGAUAUGUUCAUUAUAGGAGUCACACCAGCAAGCACUUUGUUUUGAAGCAAGUCACAGGAGAAAAAUGGAUUAUCAUCUUAAUUUUUUCAUGAAUCUUAGCCAGUUGGAUAUUGCCUUAUUUUAAAACUAAUUCAACCACAGAAUGUCAGUGCAGUUGUACAAUGUAACUACAAAUAUUGGUACAAGACUCAGUAGUCAAUCAAAUGAAAAAGAACACUUUAAAAUACAGCUUGUUUAAAAUAUUCUUGAUAAUAAAAAUAGAUUUUCAAGAACGUUGACAAAUCUGCUAUAUAAUUUAUCUUAAGCACGUUGGGGGUGAGUGUAGGGUUUAUUAGGUGUCCCUUUCACCUUGGGAAAUUUCUUUUGUUUAUAUGGUUGUGGGGCAAAGAAACACUUGUCUGUGUGGAAACAAGCAAAUUUGCUCUAAAGUUGUUAGUCUGAGGAAAUGUUUAAAUUACUAUUAAGUUAUGGUAUUCCACCUCAACUGCACAUACAUGUACACACACACACACAUGCCAGUGGUUCUUGGUACCUCCUGUACAUAGGUUGUUUGCAAAUAUUGUUCUGAUAUGCUGAAUUGCAGAAAUGAAUUUUUUAAAGUUAAAUAAUUGUUUUAAAUCUAUUUUGUAAAAAAGGUUGAAAAGUAAAGUAGAAUUUCUGGAGUACAAAUUAAAGUAUUUGCACUAACAUAUGUGAUGUGCAUGAUUUAAUAAAAUAAAGUUUGCUCUCCUUUGUGCAUUUGAAUUUAUUGUUAAGUGAAGAUACAGUACAUAGUUAUAUAGCUGUUAAAAAUGUCUUACAGUAUGCAAUUGUAUUCUUGCAUAGAAUGUGAGUGUUAUUAUAAUGGACAGCGCUUAAUCGCUAAUUCUAACUCUCCUUCAGAAAUAGAUGGUGAAUUCCUUCUAGUAAAGUUGUGUUCCAUGUGUUUGACCCAGUGAUGGUGAAAUACUGAAGAUAUAUUUUCAAGCCAGGAUGAUGUGUGACUUGGGGGAGAAAUGCAACAGUAAUUUCUCCUCUGUGCUUGAUUUUAUAAGUGGUAGAGGUUGUAGAUACGGAAGGUACAAUUCAAAGAAGCCUUGGUAAGUUGCGCAGUUGGUACACUAAGGGCUUAUUCCAUGAGUUGCUGCCAGUCAAGAAGGCUGCUUUUUCCUGAGUAUGCCAAAUUUCUUCAAAGUUGUUUGAUCUGGACUCAUUCAACCAAAUAAAAAGGGAGUAUUAUAAUUCUGACUUCUGAUUUUUGGAGAAGGUUUUGGAAACAAAAAGGUGCUCGAGUCUUUUGUUUCAUCAUACCCAUCUGUGUAUCAGGUCCCGCUUAAGCCUCUCUAUUAGUGGUGAUCCAGAAUCAUAACUGAGGGGAUUUUGAUAAUGAUAAUCUUAUUGAACAUCAGUAGGAUGUCCUGAAGAUGGUCAUUGGCUUGCAGUUGUGUGCUUCAAAUGUUGCAUAUCUGUCCAUGGUUAAAUGUUGUAUAGGUCUUCCUGCAUGAGGGAGUGGAUGGCUAAGCGCUAUGCAAGUAUCAUCCACCUUCUGACCUUAUAGAGCAUGGAAGAUGAUCAGUGGAUCAAUCCAACAACAAAGAUAGAAUUUUGUGGAAAUGUUCAGCAUUGACCAGAAACUCUUCUCUUUUCACAUAUGCUGCCAAACCUUCUAAAUAUUUCCAGCAUUUUCUGUUUUUAUUUCAGAUUUCUAUCCUCUUUAAUAUUUUGCUUUUGAUUCAAUAUACAACAAUUAGAUCUGGGACUCCUUCGUGAGGAACUCUUACAACUGGGAACAAUAACAAUUGCAACCUUCCAUCUUCAUGCUGACUAUGACUGUUAAUUCAUGGAGGAGAGCAAGGAAAAGGAAAUUAUACAAUAUCAUGGGAUAGAAUUUCUGGGUGUUGUGUUUGCUCAAAAUCGACCAAACUAACUCAAAAGAGAGAACCUAUUUAGAACUCAAAUUAUGUACAAUUAAAAUUUAUAUUUCAUCUUUUGUACUGCGUUAAAAACAUCAAUCAAAAGAUUAUCCUUGCCCAUAGAAUUGACUAUCUCUGCUAAUUUGUUUAUUUAAUAAAUUAUUUGAAGAGAUAGAUAAAAGCUAUGUUACUGAGAAGAGAGGAUCUAUUUAUUAAGGAAUAGGUAGGCACUCAAAACACUACGGACUAACAUAAAUUGUUGAUGGUGUCAGCAGGAAUGGAGUACUGAAAUGGCAUUGGAAACUGAUAAUCUGAGGUUGACAUUGGUAGGAAUGAAGUAUUUGCAUGUAAGAAAUUGUAUGUUUCAUGCAAUUGUCACUAUCUACAUGCGGUAGUAUUACAAUUUAACUUGAGACAUUAAAUUAACAAAUAAUACCCUAUGUUUAAACAUUUUACACUUUAUCAAUACCUUCACACUUCAUGGGAAGUUGAGGUAUUUUCUCUUGUUCUGCCUAAGUGAGAGGGAGGAAAAAUACUAAAACAGUUCACAAUCAGUUUGAUAUCUGUUCUAUUAAAGUAGCUAAGGAAGUGUGGGAGUGAAAUGCGGUUGAAACAUUUAACUGCUAAAUAGACACAUAUGCCUAUCACACAAGUACUGUUUGUGCCAACUCUGGUAAUUAUAACUGCAAGGGAAUUUCUACAAUGAUCUGGCAUGUGAUGAGCCAUCAAUGGAUUUUAUGAUUUUUUUAUGAUUGUUUGCAUGUGUAACAAAGGCUAAUAGAUUUAUAUUAAAUGUAAGACUUUGGUAUUCAAUUUUGAUAAUUACCAGAACUUAGUGUUCAUUUCUAAUGGAAUAUAUGA